AGCAAGAUAUUCAGUUGACUGUAGACUACAAUCAACUUUCUAUCAGAUUGAUUGGUCCUAUCGAUAGAGUGGAACUUGCUCGUAUUGAUGUAUUAGUAUUCUUUGAUCAUCUUUUGGGUCUGACUUCUAAUGUUCUAAAUAUGCCUCUCUAUGCACAUAAUAUUCUUGGCAGUAAAAGGCAUUCAAAUAUACUAACUAUCAUGGAGGAAACUGGAACAAAUAUCUAUUUACCUUCUCCUUGGACUAAGCCUUUACUAAAAUCAACACUAGCUGAACCCGAAAGCAACAUUCACGUAACUGGUAGCACAACAGAAGCAGUACAAAAAGCAACCACUUUGCUUAGAAAAUUACUUCCUCAAAAGAUCAAAACAAUGUGUAACUCCCAAUCUGUACUAAACCCACGAAAGAGGGAUUGGUUGUUGCUUUAUAAAAAAGAAGAAUUGGAUAAGAUCAUGAAGGAUAAUGGUUCUUUUAUAUCAUUUCCAAUUUUUGGGUCCGAAAACUCAAGCCAAAUUCAAGUAUAUGCUGAAAAUAAUGUAAAUGUUGAACGUACAUUAAGAUCUUUAAAUUAUUUGACAAGCCAUAUAUUCCAGGCUGUGAUUUAUGUGAACACAGUUCAGUCACCAGAUAUAGUAGCACGUUUAUCACAAGAUUCCGGCGCUGAAGUCAUCUACAGAACAGAUUUUAAUCAAUUCGAAAUUACGGGUUCUAAGCAACAGAUCCAAUCGAUUGUGCAGAUCAUACGCACAUUGCCUAUUUCUCAAGAACAUCAUAAAUCUGUCACUUUCUCAAUUGAAUUGGCUUUAGACCAAAGAGAGUUUAUCUCUGGUAAAAAGAAUGGCAAGAUCAACAAAAUCAUGAAAUCAUGCGAUGCCGAUAUCCAAUUCCAAGCCUUUAAUGACUACAACUUUAUUAUUACGAUCGAAAGCGAAGAUUUCUUUAAAGCCAAAGAUGGGCUAGAAUCGCUUCAGAACGAACUUCCAGCAGAGAUUUCCUUCUAUGUUCCCGAAAUCUGCCAUCGCCGUAUCAUUGGUGUUGCAGGCAAAAAUAUUCAACGUGUCAUGAAACAGUACGGUGUCUACGUCAAAUUCUCAAGCAAUGAAGAAUUAGCUACAUUUGGUGGUUAUUUUGAAAAUGAACACAAUGUGGUUGCAAGAACACCCGAAAAGAACAUCCAAAGUCUACUUAAGCUAAAAGCAGCCGUCAUGGAAUUCAUUACAUUUCAAAAAGACCGUGAUUACAUAUCUCGGCCUGAAUUUGUACCUUUCUAUAUCCAACGCAACUUGCUUCACCACCAUGGAAAAUAUUUACGCGACAAAGGAAAGUUGUACAACUCUAGAAUUACAUGGCCCGAAAGAAAUGGUACAGACCAUGUGCUGAUUACUGGACCGCAGUCUCAUAUUGAAGAAAUGCAGUUACGCGUACAGAGCCUGUUACCACAAUGCCUUGAUAUUCAAGUACCAGCCUCUGUUGUGCUUGAAAACAUUCUCAAGUCGCCCGAUAUUGAAGAUUUGCAACAAAAGAUUCAUCAAAAGACAGGCAUUUUCUUGAUUUUACCAGACGCUUUGAUCUUGACUACGAAUGAAAUGAACGAUUUGCCAGAAAACGACACGCAUUUCAAGAUUGAACCGCGUCAACUCAAUAGUGCAUUGUUUAACGACUGUAGGGUAUUGGCUUUUAAAUUAUGCUUUGACGCCAGUUCAAAAAAUCAACUUCAGAAGGCUCGACAAAUGUUUGAUACAUUUAUGGGAAGUCGAUUUGUACCUGUAGACGAUACACUUCAUAACAAUGCACUCAAUGGCUCUCCUAGCCCUGAAGAUAUGCGUCAUAUUAGUCCCUCUGUAAUGCAUCAUAUUGAUCACCCAGAAUCAUCCAUUGUCUUCUAGAAUAAAGAGUUCUGCAUUACAACAACAACAACAACAACAGCAACAGCAGCAGCAACAACAACAACAACAGUCUCCUAUUGAUUUCUUUGUACCCAAUAGGAAUAUUGGAUUUGAUCAACAACAAGAAAAGAACUCUUCUAUUGAAGACUUUAGU